AUGUAUAACACUGAAGAUUUUAUACUAGAAAUAAAUAAAAAUGAAGAAUUGUGGAAUACAAAGUUUGCGUCAUAUCAUGACAGAAAUAAAAUACACGUUGGCUGGACAGUUGUGGGAAAAGCACUGAUUGAGAAUUUUGAUGAUUUGACAGAAAAAGAAAAACAAGCCAAAAUUUCUGUAAUGAAAAAAAAAUGGAAAAAUUUAAAAGACAACUACAGAAGGAAAUGUACAAAUAAGUCGGGUCAGGCCGCCACUAACGAAAAGCCAUAUGUAUAUGCAAAAGUUUUGGAGUUUCUUCGACCGACGAUAGAAAAUAGAAAAACUCAAAGUAACAUAAUGAGUGAAUCAGAGGAAGACGAAGUUGAAAGUGAAGCAGAUGAAAUAUUCGUGGUAGGGCAAGAUAUAAAUGAAGAAAGCUUGUUGAAAGAAAGUUUUUCUCAUACACAGGAAGUGAAAAAAAUAAAGAGAUCAAAAAAAUCUCAGGUAAACGAGAUUAAAGAAGCCACAGAAGUUGAUCUUAUAAAUUUUUUAAAAAAUCGUCCAAAAGAGGUAGAAGAUCCUGAUAAGUUGUUUUUACUAUCUUUAACACCUCUUAUUAAAGAUUUCACUAGCGAUCAAAAGACUCAACUGUACAUUGAAUUUUUGAAUGCAAUACAAAAAAUUAAAAACACUUCUCAACAUCAAUUUUCUUUUCAAAGAAAUCAAAUUCCAUCAUUAACACCUCAUAAUCAAAAUAAUACAUUUAUUCAGCCUCAGCCCUACUCAUUAGGCCCUACUCAUCCUAUAGUACAACUACCACUACAUACUCAGUAUAAUAAUCAUCAAAUAUCAAGCCCUGUCUAUUCUCAAAGACCAAUAUCUUCAACUCCACAUAUGGAUUAUUAUAAUUCUAAUUAUAACUCUCCAUGUCUAUCGGAAACACAAAAUUCUAAUUCUUCGCACUUUUCCCAAGAUACAACAUCCGACUCAAUAUAA